AUCGUGUGGCGGUCCCGAACCGCCUCGGAUUCGAUAACCGAUAUUUAGAACCUUGAUCUUAACUAACGGAGAAAGGGUAAAUUGCUAGAAACAACCAAAAGUGUCAAAUUAUUAAAAGGGACCAAAUGUGUCUUUUAAACAUGAGGGACUAAAUGUCGAAUUGUUGCAAAUUUUAGGGAUGAAAACUAUAAAUUUCCCAAUAAUUUAAUACUAAAUAUAAUUGAGAGGUAAAUUAUGGGGAAAUAUCAGUCUGGUGUAAGAUUCCAAAAUACAUAUAGAAACAACUAAAAAAAAGUAGUUGUCUCUCUCCAUGUUUCAAUAUACCAAAGUGGUCUCCUAAAAUAAAAUUCCAAGGCAUCAAAAUUAUUGCUUCCUCACCAAACAAUGUAUUCCAUUUUUUGGUUGAUGCUUUUAGCUUACUCCACUUUGGUGAGCACUGAAAAAUUCACCAAUGAAGGCACUAAAAGCAUAUUCAUACUCGCCGGACAAAGCAACAUGUCCGGUCGAGGGGGGGUCGUAAACGGUACGUGGGAUGGAUUCGUGCCGCCCGAGUGCCACCCCAAUCCAAUGAUCCGACGGCUGAGGUCUGAUCUCACUUGGGAAGAGGCGCGGGAGCCGCUCCACAAGGACGUGGACGUCAAUAGAACUUGUGGAAUCGGGCCCGGGAUGGCGUUUUCCAAUUGGGUUCUACAGAGGGACUUGGGCCUUGGGGUCGUCGGUUUGGUCCCGUGUGCCGUCGGAGGAACGGAUAUUAGCCGGUGGAGCCGUGGCGGCCGCCUCUAUAACCAGCUGCUCCACCGAGCUCGGGCCGCCAUGCACGGUGGUGGACUGAUUCGGGCUAUUUUGUGGUACCAAGGCGAGAGCGACACGGAGAAUCUCGGGGAUGCUAAAUUGUACAAGGGGAGAUUGGAGAAGUUCUUCGCCGAUGUGCGGUCCGAUUUGAAGUCGCCUAUGCUACCUGUGAUCCAGGUGGCGUUGGCAUCAGGACAAGGAUCUUAUGUAGAUAUUGUAAGAAAAGCUCAGCUAGAAAUUGAGCUUCCAAAUGUGAGGUGUGUUGAUGCCAAGGGGCUGCCACUCGAGCCCGACGGUUUGCAUCUAAGCGCUGCAGGACAAGUUCAGCUCGGCCGCAUGCUGGCUGAUGCGUUUCUUCAGAUCAUGGCCCCUUUACCUGUUUCGAGCAGUGCACCAAAGAGAGCUCGUAACUUUUUUUCUGGACUGUUUAGAAUUUAGAUGUAUAUAGUUGAGCCUUAAUACAUAUUUAUGUAUUUAAUGACAUGGUUCUUUGUCCAAUUAAUUAGGGCUCAUACUCAUAUGGUUACAUAUGCCGGAUACAUUUUUUAUUUAUUUUAUUUAUUUUUAACAAAUUUUUCUAUUAUAAAAACGUUUAAUCUU